CGACGGCCGCCGCGCUCUCUCUCUCUCUCUCUCUCUGCUCACGCGGACUACCUGCAAGAUGGCGCCGAAAGCCAAGAAGCCUAAGAGGACAACCUGGAAGUUUGGUUUGGACCUUACUCAUCCAGUAGAAGAUGGCAUUUUUGAUUCUGCAAAUUUUGAACAGUUUCUACGGGAGAAAGUUAAAGUCAAUGGGAAAACUGGAAAUCUUGGGAAUGUUGUUCACAUUGAACGCUUCAAGAAUAAAAUCACAGUUAUUUCUGAGAAACAAUUCUCUAAAAGAUACUUGAAAUAUCUUACCAAGAAAUACCUUAAGAAGAAUAGUCUUCGGGAUUGGCUUCGUGUGGUUGCAUCUGACAAGGAGACGUACGAACUUCGUUACUUCCAGAUUAGUCAAGAUGAAGAUGGAUCUGAGUCUGAGGACUAGGUGAAGCCACCUUUUUAUAGGGCUUUGCUUGCUAAUAAAACAAAUGAAGUAUACAAGAGAAACCUCUAGAAAUGGACUUUUAAUUUAUCAGUGAAUAAAAAACCAACACUAUGUUA